AUGCCACAGAACGAACAUAUAGAGCAGCACAUCAGGCGGCACGGUCGCCGUCUGAAUUACCUCGAAAAGAAGCGAAAGAAGGAAGGAAGAGCUGCUCAUGAUCGUUCUAAGAAAGCGAAGAAAAUGAUCGGACUCAAGGCAAAACUUUACAACAAAGAGCGAAGAAAGGAAAAGAUCGAAAUGAAGAAGAAAAUCCUCAUGCACGAGAAGCGCGAUACCAAGCAAAAAGCCGAAGAGACUCAAGAAGGCGCUAUGCCUCACUAUCUUCUUGAUCGUGAGAAUCAGCAGAGAGCGAAAGUUCUCUCCAAUAUGGUCAAACAGAAGCGAAAGGAGAAAGCUGGCAAAUGGGAUGUUCCCCUUCCCAAAGUUCGAGCGCAGGCCGAAGCCGAAGUCUUCAAAAUGAUGACGUCGGGUAAACGAAAGAAGAAAGCGUGGAAACGAAUGGUCACCAAAGUCUGCUUCGUUCCUGAGGAUUUCACCCGAAAGAACCCAAAAUAUGAACGAUUCAUUCGCCCGAUGGCGAUGCGAUUCAAGAAAGCGCAUGUCACACAUCCAGAGCUCAAGGCGACCUUUUGUUUACCAAUCAUCGGUGUCAAGAAGAAUCCAUCCUCCCCAAUGUUUACUAGCUUGGGCGUGAUCACAAAGGGUACUGUCCUCGAAGUUAACAUCUCCGAGCUCGGUCUGGUCACACAGGGCGGUAAAGUCGUCUGGGGCAAAAUGGUUCAAUUAACGAUGAUUGCGAGAACCUCGGACGGGCUGCCGUUGACAGCCUCGCUCCAGGACGAAAACCUGACAGAUUAUCAGACUCGAGCAAAACAAAUUUUUCGAAAACUAAAUCACGCAUCCGCUCCAAAACUCGCCAUCGAGCACAAUAACAUGAUCUUUUACUAUCAAAUUGACAAGGGAGUGUGCUAUUUAUGUCUCUGCGAAAGAAACUUUUCAAAGAAGCUUGCCUUCGCAUACCUUGAUGAUCUGCAGUCCGAGUUUUACGUUCAGUACGGGAAUCGAAUCGACAAGGUCACCCGUCCAUAUCACUUCAUUGAGUUCGACACUUACAUCCAAAAAGCGAAAAAAUCCAUUCUCGAUACUCGAAACCACUCGGCCUUGAAAAACGUCGCCAACGAGCUCCAAGAUGUCCAGAAAAUUAUGGUCGCAAAUUUGGACGAAGUCCUCGCCCGUGGAACGAGCUUAGACGUGAUUCAAAGCAAAUCUUCCAACCUCUUGAGCUACUCGCAGCAAUACCGAGACGAAGCAAAACAGCUCAAUAGGAAAUCAAAUCUAAUCAAAGUCGGCGGCGCUCUGACCUUCAUCCUCUGGAUCGUCUGGUACUUUAUCCUAUAA